GGAGAUCGCUCGUUGUUCGCCUUCAACGGCAGCGGAACCGUUCCUCCAUGCGCGACGGAUACCAUUUGGUUGGUGUUCAAGCAGCCCCUCACCAUCAGUCGGGGGCAACGAGACUUGUACCGUGGGGCCCUGAACACCAGCGCAGCGCACUCGGGAUUUUUGCGCUUUGGUCCUCCCCCCGCAGGAGUCGUACAGCCCUGGAGCAUGGAAUUGGGCAUGAACAACAGGAUCACGCAGCCCCAAGGGAGCAGACAGAUCGUGUUUUUCUCCAUGUCCAAUCCGCCAACAAAGAUGUCUUUUGAUUUUGAUGGCCAUUUUUGGGGUUUUUUGGGCAUCGGCCUUUUGCUCCUCAGUGUCCUGAUCGGUCUCAUGGCGCUGCUGUGCCUCCUAUGUUCUGGUGCUGCUGGAAGAAGCGCAUGUAGCAAGGAAGUCUACACAGCAGAGAGCGACGAGGAUCGACAGCCUUUGCGGAGGUUUCCGCAGCCUGUGCAGAUGCAGCAACAUGUGCAUCCGCAAGUGCAGCUGUGGCAGCAGCCACCCAGCAUGGGCAUGAUGUCCCAGCAGCAAAUGGGCAGACCGCCCAUGACGCAGCCUAUGCACUUUGGAGGGGCUGGACAAGCCCGCGGCUAUAUGCGAUGAGGCCGAGGUCGCGGCUCGCGGCUCGCGGAGUCCAACUCCUGGUGCAAAAGCGGCCAG